AUGGGUGAUCAGGUAGAAGAAAGAUCAUCAGGGAUAAAGUUGUUUGGGGCUACAAUUUGUGUGAAAGAAAGAUCAUCAACAAACAAUGAGGAAGAAGAUCGGACGGUGGAAAAGAGGCCGGAAAAGAUAAUCCCGUGCCCCAGAUGCAAGAGCAUGGAGACCAAAUUUUGUUAUUUCAACAAUUACAACGUUAAUCAGCCCAGGCACUUCUGCAAGUCCUGCCAGAGGUACUGGACUGCCGGCGGCGCUCUCCGCAACGUUCCCGUCGGAGCUGGUCGCCGCAAAAUUAAGCCGCCGUUCCCUGGUGGCCUACUCUCUGAUCAGGGCUGCUUCUAUGACGCAUCCGCCGCCGCCACCGCCCCCGGCGUUCUGCAGCAUUUGGAUUUUGACAGAGUGCAUUUGGAGCGCGGCGGUUUUGGUCAUUGUUUUCCGGCGAAGAGGAGGAGAUUCGCCGCCGCCGAAAAUUAA